AUGAACGCCCAACUGCCGUUACCGCCCAACAGGACCGGCACGAGCUCACCGAUCACCGGCAAGCAGAAGAUCACCGUAGUUAUAUUAUGCUUCGUCAAUUUAAUCAACUACAUGGAUCGUUACACGGUCGCAGGUAUUCUAAACGAUGUUCAAAAAGAAUUUAACAUUGGAGAUGACAAAGGCGGUUUAUUGCAAACUGCAUUUGUCAUAAGUUAUAUGAUAUGCGCUCCAGUGUUUGGGUAUCUAGGAGACAGAUACAAUAGACGAUUUCUCAUGGUCUUCGGUGUAUUUCUGUGGUCGUUGACUACAUUUGUUGGUUCUUAUACGGAUCAUUAUUGUUUAUUUCUGUUUUCUCGAAGUUUAGUGGGUAUAGGUGAAGCUAGUUAUUCAACUAUUGCACCUACUAUUAUAAGUGAUAUGUUUGUAAAAAAAGUAAGAUCGAGAAUGUUGGCUUUGUUUUAUUUUGCUAUACCCGUGGGAAGUGGUUUGGGCUAUAUUGUUGGCUCAGAAGCGGCGAGGAUUUUUGGUAGUUGGCACUGGGGAUUACGAGUCACACCACUACUAGGUAUGAUGGCCAUUCUUAUGAUUUUGUUUUUAAUGGAAGAACCCGAGAGAGGUCAAAGCGAAGGGCUUUCUCACUUAACCACUACAUCUUGGUCUGAGGAUAUAAUGUUAUUGAUAAGGAAUCGAAGCUUCGUGUUUUCUACUGCUGGAUUUACUUGUGUGGCUUUUGUAACGGGUUCAUUAGCAUGGUGGGGUCCUAAUAUAAUGUGGCAAGGACUUAAAAUGCAAAAGGGCUACGAGCACGUGGAACUAAACAGUGUAUCAUUUAGCUUUGGAGUAAUAGCUAUGGCGGCUGGACUCAUUGGGGUACCUUUAGGUAAUUAUUUGUCCGAAAGACUUAAAGUGCAUUAUCCUAAAGCGGACCCACUAAUUUGUGCGGUUGGUCUUCUGAUAUCGGCUCCAUUUCUAUUUUUAGGACUAGUGCUAGCAGAUAAAUAUUAUUAUCUUGUAUUAGUUCUAAUAUUUAUCGGUCAAAUAUCUUUGAAUCUUAAUUGGUCAAUUGUAGCUGAUAUACUAUUAUAUGUCGUAAGUCCUAAUAGACGAUCAACUGCUGAAGCAUUUCAAAUUUUGAUAUCACACUCGUUUGGAGAUGCUAGUAGUCCAUAUUUCAUCGGAGUGAUUUCAGAAAUGUUGAAAAAAUUAUUUAAAAAUAACAUACCGCUAUUUUUAGCUUCGGUGACGUUAGCCAAUAAUAGUUUACAAAUUGUUGAUUUCAAAGAUGAUAAAAUCAACUUUCAGAGCCUUCAAUACGCCCUGUUUAUAUCAAGUAUUGUUGAGGUAUUAGGAGCAAUAUUUUUCUUUUGCACUGCUCGCUACAUUGUCAAAGACAAGGAAUUAGCUGAAACGGUGACUUCAGCAAAUAAUGGACAAAAUCCUGUGUAA